GGCGGCGGCGGGGGGAGCACAUCUGUGGGAGCAGCUAACAAGAGGCAAAAUGCUGCGCUACGUUGUGGCCCUCGGACUCCUGGCUCUGUCCUGGGCUCAGGACUGCCAAGUGGCCAACAUCCAGGUCAUGCAGAACUUUGACAGGAGCAGGUACGUGGGGACGUGGUACGCCGUGGCGAAGAAGGACCCCGAAGGUCUCUUCCUCAUCGACAACAUCGUGGCCCAGUUCACCGUGGCCGCCGACGGCACCAUGACCGCCACGGCAAAGGGCAGAGUCGUCAUUCUCAACAACUGGGAGAUGUGCGCCGACAUGCUGGCCACCUUCGAGGAGACCCCCGACCCCGCCAAGUUUAGGAUGAAGUACUGGGGAGUGGCGUCCUUCCUGCAGACUGGAAAUGACGACCACUGGGUGAUCGACACCGACUACGACAACUACGCCAUCCACUACUCCUGCCGCCAGGUGGACGAGGACGGCACCUGCUUCAACAGCUACUCCUUCGUCUUCUCCCGACACAUCACAGGCCUGAGGGCGGAGGACCAGGCCGCCGUGACGCAGAAGAAGUCCGACGUGUGCCUGCUGGGGAAAUACCGACGUGUGGUGCACAACGGCUUCUGCGAAAAUAGCAGUUGAUCUCUUCCCACGCAGAGAUUUGUCUCACUGAAGCACCCACCAGCGGGAUUGUGUCCCCCACCUUCCCUCGUCGUCUCCUAUUCCUUCUUAGGAACAAACACGGCAUUUACUCACUAAAAGUCCCGAAUGUCUUUAAACGUAUUAAAGCCUCACCGAUGCUUCUUUUUUUUUUUUUUUUUUUCAAGCGGGAUAAAGAAAGGUCUAUUUAUGAGAAUGUGACAAAAAUAAUGUCUUUCAAGACAACUCUCAGCAGGAGCGCCCCGUUGGAGGAGUUUACCUGACAUGUUUACAACCGCUUCCCCCAAAUCACUGCCAUUGCUUUUGUACCAAAGUGUGGAAAUAUUUUUAUUUUGUGUUUGUUUUUUGGAACUAAUCACACAUUUAGGUCAGGGGCUUGGCAUAGUGUGGCAUUUUAUUUCUCCUUUUGUGAAAUAAAACAUUCAUACUG